UGCACCUCAAUUUUCAUUCUCUCAUCCUCUCUGAUUCGUGUCUCUGUUUACCCAAAUUUCCAUUAUUCCUUGUUACCAAACAAAGCAACCUUAGUCUCUCUUUCCUCUUCCCUGUUAUUCCUGUUCAUGUGAGGGUGUAAUUAAAACUUUAAAAAACACAACACGAUUUAAUUAAUUUGAGGUUGUUAUAACCAAAAAAAGGCAUGAGUUGCAACGGUUGUCGAGUUCUUAGAAAGGGUUGCAGCGAAUCAUGUAUUUUGCGCCCUUGUUUGCAAUGGAUCGAAAGCCCAGAAGCUCAAGGCCACGCAACCGUUUUCGUAGCCAAAUUCUUUGGUCGUGCUGGCCUCAUGUCCUUCAUUUCUAAUGUCCCCGAAACCCAAAGACCUUCUUUGUUUCAGUCUCUGCUGUUCGAAGCGUGCGGAAGAACGGUGAAUCCGGUGAACGGAGCCGUUGGACUUUUGUGGACCGGAAACUGGCACGUGUGCCAGGCGGCGGUGGAGACGGUGCUCCGCGGCGGCACGUUGAAGCACAUGCCGGAGCUUAUCGGUCUGGAUUCUCCUGCUGCGGUCACCGACGAGGCGUCGGAGGUUGAAGUCGCCUGCACGGACAUUUGGAGGAUCCGAGAUCCGAACCCGAAUUUCCGGUUCACGAACUCGCGAUCUAAUAAUAAUAGUAAUAAGGUCUCUGCCGGAGGAAAACGCAAGCGACCGGAGGAGUUGUCGAAGCUUCAGGCGGCGACCAAUCUUGAUCUCCGACUGACGCCGAUUUUUUUGCAGAAAGUUUCGGAGAACCGCCGGCCGGGAUCGCCGUCGAUGACGUCGGAGGAAUCCGUGACGACGACGGCGUGCUUGGAAAGCGGGAUCGGAGACCGGAAAGUUCUCAACCUUUUCAUUUGAGGACUCUUUCUCUUGCGUGUGUCUCUGAGGUUCAUGUUUUUUGUGAAUCAAUUUAACGGGUCACGCACGUGUUGUCUCUUAUGGUGUAAUAUUUCUCUAUUUGGUUACUCAUUUUGAAGAAAAGGGUUUUUUUUUUUUUCCUGGACUUAGAAGUCCAGCGAGUUUUUGUGAGUUACUACCGGCACAGGAUUUCUCUACAGAGAGAGAAAGAUGAGGGUUCGUCGGUGAUCCUUUCUCCUUUUUGUUUUUGUGUUGUUUAAUUUAGUUUCUUUUUUAAUUUUACCCUUGCCAAAAAUGAAACAUGUAAUGUAAUCAAUCCUGUGACCCUGCAACAUGAAUAUUAAAUAAAAAUAAUG